AAAGCCGUAGUAGCCCGAUGGCCAGAUGAGAGUAAAAUCGGUCUCAAAUAUCGUAUCGUUUCGUUGUUCGGUUGCCUUUUUUCAUUCAAAUAGUAACGUGAAUUAUCGCAAAGCUUUUCGAGCUGCUGCUCUCGAUAUUGGUGCGCUUGCAAUAUUUUUCCUCUUGAUGUAUGGAAGAGAGUGCUAUGUGCGCGUUAUAUAUGUCAGUGCCUAGCCUACUCGGACUUGAAUUUAUUUUUUUAUGGAACGACUACGACGACGAAGGGGUGCACAAAAUUUAAUCGGUAAGAAACGGAUAGUUUCGAUUAGCGCGUUUUUUUCGGCCGAUGCGUCGCGGGUGUCAUCUCUAGCAGCAGCAUAUCAGCAAACGGAAGUGUCGCCGGAUUCCGCCUACGGGAGUCCUGGUGCCGACGCGACGACGAGGAUCGUUUGGGAGUUUUCCGUGGAUUUUCGUACGUUCGUGUGCGACGACGACGACCCUCACUGACGUUGGCGAUUACGAUUGGUUUUUUGCUUCUCGGUAGUGAAUGAUGAAUUUCCACGGCUACGGAAAACGGGGAAAAUCGGUGUCGGGCCUCUCCAUAGGGUUGAAUUUGCCGGAAUUGCAAGUGAUCCUCUUAGGCCGCUGAUCUGGUGCGAUAAAAAGUGAUGUCAAUGGGGGAAUUACGAUACAAGGAUGAAAAAUGUGUUCACUGAGAAGCCAUUAAUUCGGAUGUGUAUGAGCGAAGAAUAUCUGAAGGAAAAGUUUCGUAAGGGGCAUACUUAAAAAUUCGAUCGAUUUCGAAUCGAAAUAACAAGAGUUCAGUAACUAUGGAUCAAAGGCAGCUAAAAUUGUUGGAAGAACUGGCUUUAAGACUUGAAGGAGAUUGCUAAUCAGCAAUUAAGUUUAACCAUUUAUAUGAUGCCCUUACCUGCUGAACCUGUUGGAUGGAAUGAAAAGUUUGCUAUCGUAAAUUCUCCGAGCUCUCAGCAUUCACAGAAAGCCCAAAGGAUUCUUCCGGAACAGUUGAAUGAAGGAGAGCCGGCCAUGAGCCAGCCAGCUAGAAAUGCCAACCAGGAUCAUGUUACCAGAAAUUUGUCGUGCUAGUGUUGUUUCAAGUGUACCAAACGAACUGCAUCGAUGAAAAACGAAACCUUUGAAUACCGUACUGAUAGUGCUUAAGAAAUAACCGUAACAAGUGGUGAAUAUUCAAGACUAUAAAGUUGUUGGUGGCUCGAGCUGUUUCUCCUGUUUUCGCCGAAGGGAAAUCUGGAAGCAUGCUGAAACCGAUCAAAUCGUUGCUAACCUAUUUGCACAAAAAUUCCAAUGGAUCCAACGGUGUUGGAGUAACCAACGGAAUUGGUACCAUGGAGGAAACAAGCCUGGAUACUAACAGUGCUAUGGACGGCGCCGAAGAAACGCCGUGCGAGGAUCCCCUGUACGACCCGCUAGCCCUCGAUGGGGAAGAGGACGUACUGGGGGCAUGUGACGGUGCAGGGAAUGUGGAAAGAAUCGAUUUGAACAGCAGUAUCUGCAGCACUGUGAGCAGUGUGACCGCUGAAACUGCGAACACGAGUUGUAGUGAUUUGGACAGUUCUGCCGGUCAGAUUAUACUGGUCGAUGUGACCAGCCUGAAACAGGGAAGUGAGCUAGCGAGGGUAACGGGAGAACCUGCUGUGACUAUUAGUGUAAACGGCCUUGAUGACAGUGGCAUGUCCCUGGAGAAUGGGCACAAUAGUGAUGAGACCAAGUCUACCAACCUGGAAGAUGAUAGCUUUACGACGGCCUCCUGUGGGGAUACCCCAAUCGUGACGGUGACGGAUUUGGUGGUACCGGAGGAAUGUCCAGAUGUUGCCGAUCGUUCCAACGCUGAAGAAACUGAUCCGAUCGCAACGAGCUCGACUAAUACUCAGGAACCUGAAGAGGAAGAAGCAAGCGAUGGAUCAGAUUCAGGAUUAGGAUCCGAACCGUCCAGGAAUCUUUCGACAUUGGAGAAAGAAAUCACAGAGCUGCCUCCGGUGAAAAGCAAUCUCAAGCGGCGCUCGGCGGAGGAAACGACCGGUGCGAGUAACGAAAAGCGACCAAAGAAGGGCAUUACAUUUGACGGGGUGACGGUCUACUAUUUCAGUCGGAUGCAAGGUUUUGGAUGUGUACCAUCACAGGGUGGAUGCACUCUCGGUAUGGAAAUUCAGCACAUGCAUUCAAGGAGGUUUACCUUGGCCGAACAUGCCGCCGAACAGAGGAAAAUGCAUCGAGCACAGCUGCAGGAGCUUAAUCCUCGCAGCAGCUCUAGCGAAGAAACGGACAGCGACGAGGAACCAAGCUGUGACAGCGGUUCCGAGGGUGAAUGCGAAUCCUAUGGUUUCCUACAGCCGGUGACGGCUCGACAGCGACGGGCACUCCUCAAAGCAGCCGGUGUGCGACAAAUCGAUUCUUCCGAAAAGGACGAGUGCCGAUUGAUUCGAACUUCUCGGGAAGUAUGCGGUUGUACCUGCCGAGGAUACUGUGAUCCGGAUACGUGUGCCUGCAGUCAGGCUGGCAUCAAAUGUCAGGUGGAUAGGCCAAAUUUUCCUUGUGGAUGUACACAGGAUGGUUGUGCCAACGUCAUGGGUCGGGUUGAGUUUAAUCCAGCUAGGGUGCGAACACAUUUCAUACACACUAUCAUGAGGUUAAAUUUGGAUAACAAGACAAAUGGGGACACGGACGGUGGGAUGGCAAUGGGAGCUAAUGGUGGUUAUGGUAGCUUGAAAGACUGGUCUAGUGGUCCUGUACGGUUACCAGGACUGUACGGAAGGCUGGCAGUCAAUGGAGGAGCUGAUACUGUGGAUGGAUAUCACCAUCACCAGCAUCAUCAGGCUCACCAUCAGAUGCAGCAUCAAUACGCAUUAGCGGGGCAUAACUAUCUAGGCAAUCAUUCGGUUCCACAAGGAACAGAUUCUCUAGAUCUCCAUUACGCUUUUAGGGAUUACUAUUCUUCCAAUCAACCUACUGAUCAAUUGCCGAUGAAUAAUGCACUAAUGGCACCUUACUACGGAAAUUAUCCAACCAGUCUAGAACAAUACCAUCAACCUCACCACAGCAGUCUUAUUUUGGACCACCACCAGCAACGGCAACAAGAUCCACAUUCCACAAUCUACCACGGACAGAUGGUAGAAUGCCUCCCGGGAACUUCGACCUCGAAUACCAAUACCACGGUAAUAAUGGAUGAAGACACAACCCUAAACACUCCUAUCAACCCAAAUUUCGUCUGUGACGAAACUCUACUCUGCAGCAGCACCUCCAAUUUGGUAGACCAUGGUCUAUCGCAAACAGAUCCUCUUAAUACUAGUUCCUCCUGUCCAGAAAAAGUAAUUAUCCCCGAAACAUCGGAGCCCCUACCUGAAACCAGCCCUCUGGAUACUGGCGGAGAUUUCAUUGACCUUAACACCCCUUUAGCACCAAGUAGCGAACGUUUGGAAGCCAUUAAUGAUCUCCUCGCCAGCAGUAGACAUUCGAUUGGCAUCGUCAAGCAAUCCAUUAUUGCCGAAGAAGACGACGAACUAAGCGACUUCCGGGAUCCACCACAGAUUCCCAUCACCCAUGCUGCAGAAUCCAACAACACACUCACCGAAACCAACGAUACUCAACCACUGGAUGUUCCGAAGAGUACUGCAACUACACUCGGUACGCCCAUCCUGCAAGAUACCCAUUCGGACCCUACCAAAGUCGCCGAAGUCCCUGAACAAGUCGCCCCUAGUGCCGUAAUCGAAACGACCGAACACUUAAGUGAAAUUAUCAAAAAUAGUAUUGUUGAAACUGUCUCCAAUUAGACGUAGCUAAUGGUAGCUAUCAGAAAGCGUAAAUUUAAAUCUUUAUGUUUCCGAUCCCUUCUAUAUCAUUCCCCUAUCUAGCAAUUGAUGAAAUUGUUUAAAAAUUCUACUUUUUUCCUAAUUUUGUUUAAACUAUAUCUUGUUAUCUAUCUGUAUUUUGUUUCCUGGCUUUAAUUGCACCUUUACAAAUUGACUCACAUCAGCUUUAAUCCACUUUUCAACUAACACUACUGACAUCCGGAAUCAGGAGUGAGGCGGUAGAAAAAGAAAAACUUGACUCAUAGUUGAAUUUAUGCCGUUUAUCAUAGAGGAAUACAAUGUAAGUUGGUCUAAAUUGUGAAAAAGCGAACAAGAAACCAGUUAGGGUAGAACUUUUUCUUAAUCACAACGUUUCAUGGUAAGCAACAACUAACAGUUGUAGAAGAAUAAAUUUUAAAAAAUACACUUACUAUGUCAUGUGAGCUCCGUAGGAGGAAGUGUAAAGCUGUCACUUUCGAAAAUUGGUGUCUGAGCUAGUUUCCUCAAAUGACACAACUACGAGAACCUUUUGAAGUAAGAACCCCAAACAUGGAAAAAAUAGUGUAUCCCCAAAUUAGGAUAUCGUAAGCUGUCACGAGACAAGAAAAAAAAACCACACAUAAACACAGAGCAAAAACAGAAUUUCGUAGCCGAGAGUAAACUUCCUAGCAAAAACAAACAAACAAACAUACAAACAUGUACAUAAGUUUCAUUGAAAAUAACAAAAUAUGUAAUAAAGAAUUCUUACAGAAGAUAAGUAAAAAAUCUUCAUUCAAAAACAAAAUUGUUGAAGAAACCGAAAUUUGUAAAAUAACUCAAUCUGGAGAAAAACUAAAAUUAACUAUUAUAUCAAUUAUGAAAACAUCAGUAAUUGACAAAAAUACAAUUAGUCGCAUAAC